CUGGGGAAAUUGUGGCUGUGGUAGUAAAUAAUUAUUAUUGUGAUGACAUUGUGUCUUAGAUGACAGCUGGGUGCUUAAUUCAAUAUUCAGUUGAUAAAGAAAUGAUAGACAUAGGCGAUUAAACUGUAGCUCACAGAGAAGUGCUGACUAUUAUAUAUAGCUGAGAGACCCCCAGGCGGAUCCCUUACCUCAGAAUACAUAAAGCAUUAGUAGGAAUAUUGGAUCCCGAACGAUGUAUAUGCUCAAUAAACAUGAUCAGUGGCCAGUAUCUGGGGACUGUGUUAAGGACUAGUCUUCUGUAUAAUGGUUACCUGCCAAUAUGUAAGGCAUGCAGAAAAGCUGCCACCUACGCAUCUUUCCAAAACGUUGCCAAACUCCAGGACAAUAAGUUAAACAAACUUGUCUUUCCCUUAAAGGAUCUGGAGAGGUUUCUGAGUCCCAGCAUUGACAGAACCAACUUUAAUCUUUUUGAUCCCAGUCUGGAGCAGAUUGCUAAAUCAGAAGGACUUUUCAGGCCUUUUGGAAAACAUGUGAUAGAUUAUUUCACGUCAGCGGUUAGAAUGGAUCAUGUUCCUCUGAUUACGCAACCUGAGGUUUGUUUCAUCGGAAGGAGCAAUGUUGGCAAAUCGUCAUUAAUAAAAGCAAUUUUUUCUCUAGUCCCAGAUAUUGAAGUCAGAGUCUCAAAAAAUCCUGGUCACACCAGGAAACUGAAUUUUUUCAAAGUAGGCAAAGCGUUUACCUUGGUGGAUAUGCCAGGCUACGGGUACAGAGCUCCAAAGGAUUUCAGUGACAUGGUGGAGACGUAUCUUCAAGGUAGACAGAAUUUGAAAAGGACAUUUAUCUUGUUGGAUAGUUCAAUUGGAUUUCAAAAAGCAGAUUUAAUUGCUGUGGAGAUGUGCGAGGAAUUCGGGAUCCCUUAUGUUAUUAUCAUGACCAAGAUUGACAGAGCCCCAACGGGAGUGUUGCUGACACAAUUUCUAGAAAUUAAAGACUUCAUAGAGAAACAAACCCAAGGAUGCUUCCCUCAGCCCUUCCUGGUCAGUUCCUUGCAUUAUUCUGGUAUCCAUCUUCUCAGGUGCUUCAUUGCUCACAUAACAGGAAAUCUUCCCAACAGCGAGUGACCACAGCUCUGACUUGGAUCUCUGCAGGUUUGGACUUGCGGCUAUGCAAACAGAGGCAUUGUAUACCGAAGUUAUAAGAGACUUGAUACAGAGAACAUCAAAUGUGGAGAAAAGCAACAUGGAAUGUUGUAAACCAAUGAACUGAGAAAAUAAACAAACAGAUGGGAAAAACCAACAUAAAAUACUGGAAACAAUUUUAUGAAACCCCCUACACAGAAAAAAAAAUGAUGAUACUGUGUCACAGAGAAUCUGUAGUUGUUUUCAUCUUAUUCCACAUUUUAAUUUGCAACAUAAACUGAUGACUCCCAUAUUCCCAAUGUAAAGCCCUCUCUCCUGUUGUAGAAGAUCAGAAAAACAGCCUGUGGCUGAUGAUGGUAAAUUCAGAUUGUACCUGCCUUGCUGCUGACUUACAUUAAGCCUCAAAUCACUGAAACAUUAUAAUAGAAUAAAGUGAAGGUAUAUUUUGUACAAUUUGAA